AUGGGGGAGGCUUCUGGAGGCCUGUCGGCGGCGCGCGUGCGAGAGCUGCUCCACGCCUCGUUGGGUUUCUCAACCCGCGCCGUCGCCGACAUGGUUCUCGACGCGGCUCUCUCGUCUUCGUCUCUUUCUGCUCUCUCUUCUCGCCUCCAAGAAGUCGGACUCACUUCUCCUCAAGCUUCGCGCCUCGCCAGUGUCCUGUUCUCAGAACGCAAUUCUUCUUCCACGUCUUCUUCCGCCGCGUCUUCCACGUCUUCUUCCGCUGCGUCUUCCACGUCUUCUUCCGCUUCUUCUUCUCAUCGCGUGCGAGAUGAGGAACCUCGUUCCCCGUCCCCUGAGGCCAAGCGGGCGCGCGCAGGAGCGGCUGCUUCGCCUGAUGCAGAGCGGAGACUCGCGGAGGAGAGGGACAUUGCAGAGAGAGACGCGUUUGCCGCGCGCCUCCGCGAGCGCGAGGAAGCGUCUUCUAGAAAAGUUGGAUUCGCUCGGAUUCGCCAGGCAGAGCUGGAUCGCGAAGAGACACAUGCGCGCGAAGAAGACGACAAAAGUGCAGAUCUUCGAGAUCCCGUCGCCGUGGUGCUCGAGGCGCGGAAGGGGCGAAACGAGAAGCUGCGAGACAACGAGGAGUACGUGAAGAGACUUCGCGAAGAGGCGCGCAGAACGUACUUAAAGAAACGCGAAGAAGACAGGAUUGAGCUCGCCGAACGGACGCUCAGGGAGAAAGAGUGGAUGUUUGCAGGCGAGAAACUGACCGAGAAGGAACGAAGGGAUUUGGAAGUCGAACGCACCACGCUCGAGAUUGCCAAGACCGUCGUUCGCGAGAGAGAGUCUCACGGAGUCGUCGACGCGUACGUGAUGCCCGACUCCUACGACGAGGACCAAGCCGCGCGUCUGAAUGUGAUGCACCAGAAAUACGUAGAAGCGAAGGAACAUGUCAGCGAACAGCUGUUGGUGGAGCGUCAGAAGGCGUCUCACGCUCGUGCGACGUUCGGCGCCCAGCGAGGCAGAGACACAGAAGCGAAGAGCUAUGCUCUGCUCAACGAGGAAGGCGCUGCAAUCGACUUCGAACUCCUCGAAACACACGGCAAACAACCUCUCGACGACGAGGACUGGAACCUGUCGCGCGAAGAAAAAGAAGAGAAAGCCAGACAAAAGCGCAAACUCGCAAAGCUCUCUCUCCAGGAGGAGCGGAAGAUGCUACCCGUCUACGCCUACCGAACUGAGUUUCUGAAAGCCGUUCGCGAGUACCCUGUCCUUAUUGUGGUUGGGGAAACUGGGAGCGGAAAGACCACGCAAUUGCCCCAAUACCUCUACGAGGUGGGAUACGGAAAGGCCGGGAAAAUCGGGUGCACUCAACCCCGACGCGUUGCCGCGAUGUCCGUCGCUGCGCGAGUCGCGACUGAAGUCGGAUGCAAACUCGGCCUCGAGGUGGGCUACUCGAUUCGCUUCGAGGACUGCACAUCGGACAAGACGGUCCUAAAGUACAUGACAGACGGGAUGCUCCUUCGCGAGUUCCUCACCGAACCAGACCUCGCGAGUUACUCUGUCAUGAUGAUCGACGAGGCGCACGAACGCACGCUGCACACAGACGUCCUCUUCGGUCUCGUAAAAGAUCUGGCCAGAUUUCGGGACGACUUCAAACUGAUCGUUUCCUCUGCGACGCUCGAGGCCGAAAAGUUCUCAGAGUACUUCGACCGUGCUCCGAUCUUUCGGAUUCCUGGGCGGCGCUACCCCGUACAGAUUUACUACACGAAAGCGCCUGAAGCGAACUUCAUCGACGCAACUGUCGUGACCGUUUUGCAGAUUCAUUUAACUCAGCCCCUCGGAGACGUUUUGGUUUUCCUUCCGGGACAACAAGAAAUCGAAGAGGCUCUCGAGGAGCUGGAGAGAAGGGUGCGAGGUCGCGGGACGGACAUCGGCGAGUUGAUUUUGCUGCCGAUUUACUCCACGCUCCCCGGGGAGCUCCAGGCGAAGAUUUUUGAGCCCACGCCGGAGAAGGCGCGGAAAGUCGUUAUCGCCACAAACAUUGCGGAAACUUCGAUUACAAUCGACAACAUCGUCUACGUCAUCGACUGCGGAUUCUGCAAGCAAAACACGUACAGCCCCAAAACCGGCAUGGAGUCGCUGGUUAUCGUCCCUUGUAGCAAGGCUGCAGUGAAUCAGCGUGCAGGCCGCGCGGGGCGUGUGCAACCGGGGCACUGUUUCCGACUCUACACGCGGUUUUCGUACGAGAAGGAAAUGGAAGACGCGAAUAUUCCCGAAAUCCAGAGAACGAGUCUGGGCCACGUCGUCCUCGCGCUGAAGAGUCUCGGCAUCGACGACCUCAUCAACUUUGACUUCAUGGACCCGCCGCCUCCAGAAACACUCAUCAAAGCUCUUGAGCUCUUGUACGCUCUCGCGGCUCUUAACGACAAGGGUCAGUUGACGAAGCUUGGCAGACGCAUGGCCGAGUUUCCCUUGGAACCCAUGUACUCCAAGAUGAUUCUCCAAGGCGAGAAGUACAAAUGCGUCGACGAAUGCAUCACGAUUUGCGCCAUGCUGGGCGUCGGCAACAGCAUCUUCUACCGACCCAAGGACAAGGCGAUGCAUGCAGAUAACGCGCGAAAAAACUUCUUUCGUCCAGGCGGUGACCACCUAACUCUCCUCAACGUCUACAAACAGUGGGAAGAAACUUCUUUUUCUGUCCCCUGGUGCUACGAGAAUUUCGUCCAACACCGAUCCAUUCAGCGCGCGCGGGAUGUCCGGGAACAGCUGCUCGACCUUCUCGACCGAGUCGAGGUGGAACCUUCUUCCGACCCCACGGAUGCAAACGCCAUUCGAAAAGCAGUCACUGCCGGCUUCUUUACCCAGGGCGCUCGAAUGAACCGCAAUGGGACGUACUCCACUAUUAAGCAGCCCCACACGGUGGAGAUUCAUCCCCAGUCGAGUUUGUUUGGCGAGAGCCCAAAGGUCGUCUUAUAUACGGAGUUGGUUUUGACGACGAAAGAGUACAUGCGGAACGUGCUGGAAAUUCGGCCCGAGUGGCUUCUCGAAGUUGCGCCCCACUUUUACCGAGACAAGGAACUGGAGUUGGGGAAAAUGCCGAUCCAGAUGAAGAACGCGCAGAGAGUGAAACAAGAAACGGACUAA